AUGUCGCGCGGUGAAUCAGAUCCGCCUCGUGGUGGUGGCUCCACCAUGCCCUCCAACGGUACCACGGCAUCAUCAUCUUCUUCUAACCCGGAGAACCCUCCCCCUGCCACCCAGAAUCCACACUCCUCCCCCUCUGCCUCCUCCUUCUCCUUCUUCUUCUCCACCACCACAUCCCCCUUCGAACCCACUUCCUAUCUCGCAUGGAAGAACCGCAGCAUCCGCCCCAUGGCCGGCGGCGGCGGCGGCGGCGGCGCAGGAGGAGACGAAGCAGUCGUCUUUGCCUCUUCGUCCCGAGCUCAACAGCAAGCAGCCACUACCGCCAUGGCCAGGAAUCGCUAUCCCGUGCCCCCGCCGCCGGACCGCAAGGGUAAGGGGAGAGCGAGGGAUACGGGGGAGAGGAGUCUGGAAGACAGAGGCUCGCCUCCUCCUCCUCCUCCUCCUUCUCCACGACGACCGAUGCUAUUUCCGACUUCCCAUGUGGAGGGGGCGAAGGGCGAUGAAUCUUGUGGUGUUCAGCAGGAAGCGAUAACUGCCGGAAAAUCGGAAGUGAGCCGUCGUGCCGGGGAGAGAUUGACAUCAAGUGAGCAAGAGUUCAUGGGUGGAUUCGCCGAGCAGCUCCCGGGACAGGCAUUGGAAGGGGUCGAAAGGGAACAGGAAGAAGCAGCAGCAGCAGCAGCAUCGGCUCUGGAAGACGCCGCUCGGGAUCCAGUCGAACGAGCGGAACAGGAAGGUGCUCCAGGUCCAGCACCACCCGCUGAUGAGGUCGAGAAAGGUGUCGAAGAGGAGACAGCCGCCUUCGCCUACGGGGGAUAUACACCUCAGGGAUUCGAGAAUGCAGUCGAAGAAGAUCCAGCAGCAUCUCACUCGGGAGAUGCAACGCAGCAGCCAGCGCAAGAUCCAGUCUUCAAGGAAGAGAAUUCCGCAACGUAUUGCUUGGAAGAUGCAACGCAGCGGCCAGCCCAAGAUCCAGUCCUCAUCCAAGAGCAAGAAGAAGACGCAGCAACCCAUCCAGCCGGACACAAUCCCCAUUCAGCGUCCUCCCUAAACGCCGACUCCAAGCUCUUCAUCCCAGCAGCAGCAACAAACACCACCACCACCACCACCACCACCCUCACCACCGCCAUCGAGCCAACCGCCCCGCCAGUCCCCCUGAACGCCAACUCGGAAAUCUUCAUCCCGGCGGAAACUCAAGCCACCGCAACCGCAACCGCAACCGUCGCAGCCCCAGCCCCAGGAGGGGAACCAGCAGCACUCCCACCAAAAACUCCCCAACGACAGACCUCAGAAGAAGGCCCCGCGGGACGCAUCAACCGCCUGCUCGCCGGCAGGAAAGACGACGAUGAGUUCCUCGAAGCGUUCUGGGAGAGGCUGAACGGCAACGAGAAUGUCGUCUUCCCGGCCGAUCCAGAGCCGGUGCCUGUCCUACUACCUCUGGGUACGCUGAAUGCGAAGAGCACCACUCCUCUUCGGGUGCCUGCCCAGAGAGAGACCAUCUUUCCUCCGCUCUGGUGCUAUGAUUACCUCCGCCCUACCAUCUCGAUUCGUCCCUUCCGACCGGUACAAGGCCCGACUCAAGCUCAGCGUCCGUAUCAUCCCAUUCAUGAUCUCCAGAGGGGCUCUACAGCUCUUCCGCCCCUCGCGCCGCCAUGGCGAAGCUGGCAGUGA